AUGGUAAAGAAUUACCCGUUCUCAAUGAACGAUUCAUUGCUCAAUUCGAGUUUCCUUGCAAACAGCAGUUUUGGAAACACAAGUUUCAAUGGAGACAAAGAAAAUCAGUUGACACCGCAAACCGUGUCAAGAAUCAUCAAAAAAGAGCACGAAAAUGUGUGCAAUGCGUUGAAAUUCAAUCCACCGAAACCUUUGCAAUAUCAGAAUUCAUUGAAUGAAUUGAUUAAUUUGUAUGAGAGAUGUCAAGAAGAAGCAGAAGAUCGCAACUUGGAAAAUCUUGUGAUUUCAGUGUUUCUGAAGCUUUGCGCGAAUGUUUUGAGUUGUUUGGAAAAACCGGAACAUCAAUUUAUUCUAUAUAAACUUGCUGAAACAAUUGGCUCAAAUAUCAAUUUCGAAAAAUCGCCGGAAAACUUGCAUCUUCAAAAAUGGGCGGAUCGCAUUGUUUUCGAAGCGAAAAUCCAACAAACUCCCAAAAACGUGUCAAUCAUCGAUUUUUCAACGUCUGCAAUUAUUGAUGAUCUAGAACUUUCAACUGGAAAAUUGCAAUUUGUUAGAACAUCAAUUUUUGAGGCUGCUAGAAGUUUGGCUGAAAACAUGGGACAGAAAAAGGAAAAUGAUGCUGAAAACAUUCGUUUGAAUCCAGAUUUAUUUGAAGAUGAAUCAUUUUUACAAUUGGUUUUGUGGUAUUUCAAGUUCGAUGCGAAACAUGCGUUGAGUGGUAAGAUUUUGAUUUGAAAUUGAGAGUUAGAGUGACUCCAAACAGUAUAUUUUUAUGAUUUUAUUCCUCAAAUUUGUUUCAGAUAGCUUCCUCACUCGUAUCUUCUCAACUCUUUCUUCAUCCACUCUCACCAAUUCCUUGACUCUCCUUGAUAUCAAACUCUUUCUCGUCUCCCUUUUUGUCACUUCUUCAACCACCACAGAAACCGGAAUAACCGCCAAAUUCGCCCCAAAAAUAUCGGCAAAUCUCACAAUUACAAACAUUGAAAAAGAAUGCUGGCGUGCUAUGAUUCAGUCAUUCUCAGCGAAUCGCCCCAAAAUCACGGCUUCUGCUCGACUUCGUCUAACUCAAAUUCAAAAUGCGGUGCGAUUGAUUGAGGGCGGAAGUGAAGAUGUUCGAGUUCUUUUCGAAGCCUGGAAAUAUUGUUUGCAACAAUCAGCAAUUUUGGAUGAUGAGGAAUUUGAGAGAAUUAAACAAAUGGCAGAAGUUUAUCGCGCAAAAAUGAAUCAAUUGUUGGCUUUUGGGUCAGUUUCAGAAGAUUUUGAGCUGAAAAUCGAAAUUUUGAUGAAAAAUUAGGCUAACAAAUUUCUAUAUUUUCAGCCCUCUCUACUCAACAAAUUCAAGCGCUUUUGUUACAAUGUCAUCAGAUCGUCGACAAGAUGUCAAAGCACUUUUUCCUCUUCAAUUAGACUAUCAAUUUGUGGAUACUGUAGAAGCUGGACAUAUUGGUGUUGUGAUCAAUAGCACGUAAGAAUUUUAUUUUUGGUAGGAAAAUCUACUGUUAUUUUUUGUUAGUCUGAUCAGAAAAAAAGCUUGUAUUACUGUGUUUUUAACCCCAAUUUGAUCUCAAAAUCAUAGUUUUUUUUCCAGAGAAGGAUAUCUGAAAUUCUCCACAAAUCCUGCUGCUGAAAAUGCAGAAAAUGAGUCGGAUACAAGUUUUCGGACUGCAUCCGAAAAGAGUUUUGGUACCGGAUCAGCUGACAAAUUCUAUUCGCCAAUGAAAAAUAAUCGAACAUCGAUAAUUCCGGAUCAUUUGCGAAAAUUGAUUAGCAAAGGAAAUGAGGCGAAUCGUAGUUUUGUGUCGACGAAAAGUGUGAUUUUGGCACCGAAUGAAGAAGAAAAAGAAGAAGAAGAAGACGACGAGAAACAAAAUGGUAGGUAUUUUUGGAUGAAUCAUUGCUGUGAAUAGAGAGAUUUUGAGCCAAAAUUCGUGUACAACUCGAAGACAGACCUGAGUUUGGGCAUCAUUUGAUUUGUCAAGCGGUCUAAUCUUUUUGAAACCUAAAUUUAGGUAUAAUCGUAAUUAUUUUCUAUUUUCAGCUAGUUUCUCAUCCCAGUCUAUUUUUGCCAAUUUGCCAAGAUCACCCCAAAAACCACAAAAUUUCGGAGGCGGAGAUUCAAAGGUAAGUUUUUUUGGUCGAAAAAUUAGUUUUCCUGAAUUAAAAAAAUCCUCAUUUUCAGCACUCAUAUUUUGCUGAAAAUGUUCAAAAAACUGAAAAUCUGAAAGCGGAAGAAGAAGAAGAAGAGGAUGAGGAAGAUCCAUUGGAAAAUGCACUUUUUGAAUCGAGCAGAUUAUUUUUGGAGCAGCAAAAACUGCAAAAAACGCCGACAAAAGAUGCGCAAACUGAAACCGAGCCUGAAAAUGAGCAAAAAUUGAAAUGUUCAGACGCCAAAAAAUUGGAAUUCACACCGGUAAAAUCGAGUUUUUCACCGGGAAAAAAUACAUCGCUCGAGAAUUUGGAUGUUUCCUCACAUUUUUUCACCUGAAAAAUCGCAAAUUUUCGAAGAUGAUUCACGAUUUUUGGAUGAUUUGCUUGAAGCGAGCACAGAAAUGUUGAGAACUUUGGCUCUGAAAAAAGUUGGAUUGGAGAUUGAGGUUCGUGUUUUUUGGGCCUAACUGGGGUGCGUUUUCAUGAUUUCAGUCUUAAAUUGAUUGGAAUUCAUUUAGUAAGCAUUUAUUGAGUACUGUCUAAAGAAAAUAUGUACUAUUUUUUUGAUAAACGUUUUUUUCGUUCAAAAAUUUGUAAAUCUGGAAGACCUUCCAGUUUUACAACUCCAUUUUCAAGUCAUAAAAAUUAAUUUUAAUAAUUUUCUAACUGUUUCCGCCUAGGGGCACGACCCCUAGUUUUAUAUAUUGAAAAAUUAGAUCAAAACUGCGACCAAAAAAAGUGCACUAAAAUACGAUUCUAUUUUUUCACGCCAAAAAAAUCAAUAACAAUUUUCAGGCAUCCACACCUAAAGAACCUGCACAAAUCUUCCAACACGCUGAAAAUCAGCUGAACAGGUAAGUUUUCAGCUAAUAAUUUGCCCGAAAACAAUUUCCAAUGUGUUUUUUUUUCAGAAUUCACACAGAUCUCAAAAAAAUCAUCACAAAUUUCGAGGAAAAUUUUGCAAAAAAGCCUGAAGAACACAAUUGCUCGAAAUGUUUGGGUUGUCAGGUUGGCUCAGAUUUUUUUAUUCUGCCAAUUUUCAGUCAAAAAUUAAAAAUUUCAGAGCGACGAGAAACAAGAAGCCGCUUUACGAGUUUUGGAGAAUUUGGCAAUUUCGUGGGAUUUGGAGGGACGAAAUUAG